AUGUUUCCUUUUUAUCAUAUAUUUUCAUCGUCUCUCUCUUUCUCUCUCUCUCUUUCUCUCUCUCUCUCUUUCUCUCUCUCUUUCUCUCUCUCUCUUUCUCUCUCUCUCUUUCUCAUUCUCUGUCCUUGGGAUUUUCUUGUUGUUUCUACAUAUCUAUCUCAUUCUUAUAUCGUCUCCUUGUUUAUUAACUCUCACUUUUCCCCGUCACUCGCUCGUUUUCUGUCUCUUCUUCGCCACUCAUUCGCUGGUUUUCACUCGUUAUUUUCCCCGUCACUCACUCAUUCUCUCACUCUCUCUCUCACUUCACUCACGCUAUCUCUCUCUUUUUCUCGCCACUCGCUCUCUUUCUCUCCUUUUCUCUUCUUAACUUGCGCUCUCUCUCUCUCUCUUUCUCACUCUCCCCACUUCAAUUUCAUGCCCUCUCGCUUUCCUGCCACAAACAUGCUCUCUCUCUCUCUAUCUAUCUCUCUCUAUCUCUAUCUCUAUCUCUCUCUCUAUCUCUAUCUCUCUAUCUCUCUCUCUCUCAUCUCCCAACGCUCUCUCACUCUCAUCACCCGUUAUUCACUAUCUGACUUUACCGUCAUUCACUCGCUUCAUCGUCACUCUCUCUCUCUGUCUGUCUGUCUCUCUCUCUCUCUCUCUCUCACUCUCUUUCUUCUGUUGUUCCCUUUCUUUUCUCGUAUUUACCCUCUCUCUUAG